AUGUUUUCGAGCUAUGCAGGUUGCUGCUUAGCCACGUGCACGACUGGUUUCCUGGUGCCGCGUGGCUUGUUGCGCAGCAGAGGCGGCGGCAGCGCUGCUGCCUUUGCCGGUUCGUCGCCUUCAGCCCCUCUUAUUUGUUCGAAAUGUGCCUUCAUUGAGCACAACACGUGUCCUAAGAAGUGGCGGAAUCCAGAGAAGGUGGAGGUGAGUCGACGCCAUGGCGGUGUGAAGCUUGGCUCGGAGGCGGUUCGCAUCAGGGAGCAGGCCGCGGUAGAGCAACAGCUUGUUGACGCAGACAAAUUCACCAACUGGAACAUAGUAUGGGGUUUCGCAGCUGCUGCAGCCCUACUUCUUGUAGCGCUUAAUAUUUUGUUGGAGGCGGUGGAGCCGGUCCCUUCACCUGAGUACACACCGUACGUCCCCGGUGCCACCACCAUCACCGCACCGGCCGAACGCCUAAAGAACGAGAAGUUUUGCUCAUCGGUCGGCAGUGGUUGA